AUGGCUUGUCGACUCUACCUUCACCCGCUGGUCAUAUCGACAGCACAGCAAUUCUUCUUCAUUUACAUUGCAGGCUUCACAUCUCGCACAUCUAUUCUUCGCCCAAUUGGCUUCAUGGUCUUUCUCAUCUCAACAUUCGUUGCGCUCGCUACGUUUGAAGACUUUGUCGAACCGCCAGGAUGGGCCUCUAGAGCCAUCAUCUCUGCAUUUCCGCAAAUCUCAUUGACGUACUUUGAGCGCAUGAUUGUGCGUAAAAUUGCGUACGUUGAAGAUCGCGAGAAGAAAGACCAAGAACCUCAAUCGAGGAUUGCGGAAUUUCGCAAGCGAUAUGUCUUUGGGCAAGAAGUCGCGUCCUCGAUGAGAGGAUUGGGCACGCCUUGGGAGAUCAGAAAUAUUCACCAUUUUGACUCUCGAGACACGACGUACGUGCCUGCUGCGACGCCAUUUGUGUGUAUCAAUCUUCUCAAAGUACUUCUCUGUUAUUUUGUUCACAAGCUGUGCAUCACGACGCAGUUGAGUCUCGAUCAGCAGUACAUGGCUCCAAACUAUGUGCCCAUCUUUCGCCGUGUUAGCGAAGUAUCACUGGCAGAGCUGCAAGUUCGGUAUAUCGCAACCGUCACAACAGUCGUGUCAAUAUUCUGCUUCAUCCAAGGCGGUUACUCCCUCGCCUCCGCAGCAUCUGUGUUAAUGAAUCCGAAAGCCGUCAAAGAUUGGAGACCGAUUUUCGGUGAAUUGACAGAGUCUUGCUGUCUCCGACAGUUCUGGUCGUAA